UUCUUGUUUUUUAAAUUAUGUACAAUCAGGGGAACACUCAUAAUUUACAAAUGCAGUAUUUGUGUUUAGUGAGUUCGCCAGAUCAGAGGCAGAAGGGAUGACAAUGCGUUGUAUUGAUAGGUGCUUGAAUUGGACCAUAAUGCUAUACAGCAUGAGCAUUCUCAAUGUAAAGAGUAGGCUACUUUUGGGUGUCUGGGAAAAUGUAUGAGAAAAAGUACAUAUUUUCUUUAGGAAUGUAGUGGAGUAAAAGUAAGAGAGCCCCAAAAAAUGACUAAUGUAGUACUUCAAAUUAUUUUUUAUUUAGUUACUUUACACCACUGGAUGUCGGUAAUCUUCAGGUCGUAAAGUCAGACCUCUAGAAAGGGGCCCGAGUUCCCGACUUGAAAUUCCGAGUUGGAUGACCGUUCAAAACUAUUUUUCCCAGUCAGAGCAACAACAAAAAUGUGAGUUCCCAGUUGUCUUGGACGCUCGGAAGACGGAGAGUUCCAAGUUGUUCUGAACGCAACAUAUACCUAUAGCGGACAUUGGCAAAAGCAUAAAUCAUAGUCCACAGACGCAAGGACGCCAUAGUCCUGCUUCCCAUUGUAACAUAGCUACAUGUCUCUGACACCACCAACCGCGGGGGACGUACAGCUCGAACGAGCACCUCCCCACAAUGCCCAACCAACGCGUCUCCCGAACUAAAAAUGGCAGAGGAUAUUGCGACUAAGCUCCAGAACUAUCGCACUGCUCCCUUCGAUGCCAGAUUCCCCAAUCAAAAUCAGACAAGGAACUGCUUCUACAACUAUCUGGAUUUUCAUCGCUGCCAAAAAUCCCUGGACGCCAAAGGAGUCGACACUGCCCCGUGUGACUGGUAUAAGAGGGUCUACAAAUCACUGUGCCCCAUUUCCUGGAUCCAGAAAUGGGACGACCAGAGGGAGGCGGGGACCUUCCCAGGGAAAAUUUGAGUGGCAUCUCCAAAGAAGUGUACUUCAUGGCAAUAUGUUUGUAUGAGUAGGACUCCUGGUCGGUCAUCAACUACUCCUCUGGAAUGUGAGCAGAGUAUAACUGAAUACCGUAGUCAUUCCUUAUCAAAGAGAAUAAUUGUGUUGCAGAUUCUGCAUUAAAGUGUCUUGAGCGAUGUUUAUCAAA